AUGACCGGCGAACUCCAUCAUGACACUGUCCAAAGCGACAAUGCCAGUCCUGAAAUUCAUCCGAUCUCGUCACAAUCAGACCGCCCUGCUUCUCUGGAUCUCGAGAGGACACCAACAAUCAGAAUAAAAGACCAUCAUGCAGACGAUAAACCCGAUCUGGUACGCAUACGGUCGACCGUCUCGGCGCACGACAUACAGGGUGUUCCCAGUCAUGACAGUUCCUUCGUCGAAGUCAAUGCCGCUCAAUAUGAGCGUUUCAGCGAGCGUCGGAAAGUUGUCAUGACCUGCGUCCUCUCGCUAUGCGGCUUUCUGGCCCCUAUUUCGUCGACCACCAUCCUGUCGGCCAUUCCUGAAGUAGCAGCCACUUUCAACACCGACGGCACCAUUAUCAACUUGUCGAAUGCGCUAUAUCUCAUCUUCAUGGGUCUGUCACCUUGUCUCUGGGGUCCGAUCUCCAACAUUUAUGGUCGCCGAUGGCCGUGCAUCAUCUCCGCCAUCCUCUUCUUCGCAUUCAGUGUCGGCACUGCGCUGGCACCGAAUCUGGCAUCCUUCUUCAUCUUCCGAAUGCUCACCGCAUAUCAAGGUACCUCGUUUCUUAUCGUCGGGAACUCCUGCUUGGGGGACAUCUACACACCGACAGCGCGAGCGACCGCCCUCGGCUGGUUUCUCUCAGGGACACUGAUCGGACCUGCGUUUGGGCCUUUCGUCGGAGGCAUAAUCGUCACAUUCCGUUCCUGGCGCGACAUCUUCUGGUUGCAGUCUGCCCUCGGUGGCCUCGCCGCCGUCUUGGUGAUCUUGUUGCUUCCUGAGACGAUUCCGGAAAAGAAGAUCCACGAACUCCGCGAAUAUUCUCGAAAGGAACGAACAUUGCGGAUAGUUCAUUGGGUGUCUCCUUUCCGCACGGCCGCAUUGCUCUUCUCAUACCCAAACCUGAUCAUCGCUGGCCUCGCAUCAAGUGCUCUUGUCUGGAAUAUGUAUGGGUUGCUCACUCCGAUCCGCUACGUCCUCAAUCCGCGGUUCCACUUGACAUCCCCGAUCCAGUCAGGGCUUUUCUACAUUGCGCCUGGGUGUGGCUAUCUGUUGGGCACGUUCUUUGGAGGUCGCUGGGCUGACCACAUUGUCAAGAAGUGGAUCCGGAAGAAGAACCGGCGUGUGGCUGAGGAUCGUUUGAGGUCGUGCUAUGUCUUCAUUGGCGGCGUUGUGCCCGCUUGCAUGCUCAUAUACGGUUGGUCGGUGGAAAAGGCGGUGGGUGGCGUUCCUCUACCCGUGGCAGCAAUGUUCGUGCAGGGAGUCGCCCAGCUCUUCUGCUUCCCCAGCCUCAAUACCUAUUGUCUCGACGUCAUGCAGUCCAAGGGUCGAUCCGCAGAAGUUGUAGCGGGAAACUAUAUGAUCCGGUACGCAUUUGCUGCCGCAGGCUCUGCAGUGUGUUUGCCAGCGAUUGAGGCAAUCGGGGUUGGCUGGUUCAGCACAAUCUCUGCCGUGUUUCUUGUCAUCAGCGCAGUCGGAGUGUGGGCCAUGACCACAUGGGGCGAAGGCUGGAGACAUGCCGUCGACGACAGGAAGAAAAAGAAACGGAAACAACGGGAACAAGAGAAGGCGAAGGAGAAAGGUGGGAAAGAGGGUGUGUGA